AGUAUUUCUGUGCAGCAGUUCAACUUCAGUUUUCAGCUGCUGGUGACCCAUUUUGAACAGUGUGUGUUUAUUGUCUAAAGCAUGUGGACACCGCAAAGAAACGUCUUCCAUCUGGCGAUGGUCUCUUUUAUCUCCAUCUUAUCUUCAGCCUCUGCAGAGACCCUGCAGCAGCCCAAAAUCUCCCUGACAUGUCCUGAUGGAGUACAGGUCUGGGGUCCUAAUGCCCAUGCAAAGAUCACCAAGGGUCAUAGCUUUGUCGUCAUGUGCUUUGUUGACUUCAGCAAUGCUACAGGCCGGCUCAUUCUCAUCUUCUCUGGCUCCAACAUCACAGAGUCAAAUGUCUCGCUCACAGCCUCCUUUAGUUGCCCUGUAGCUGAGUAUAAACACCAGGGCAACUACAGCUGUGUGUAUGAGGCAACGCUGCCAUCAGGCAAUGUCACGUCUACUAAAUCAGCAGCAAUUUAUGUUAUCAUCACAUUUCCUUGGUUGCUGCUGGUCUAUUCAGUAGUUCCUGCAAUCCUGCUGAUGCUGCUGGUCUCGUUGGUGGUCUGUCUGGUCCUCAGGAGAAGGCGACAAGCAAAACAAUCCGAAGGCCAAAUCCAAAUUACUGUCACAAACCGUUAUGAGGAUGAUGAUGAGGAGGAGGAGGAGGAGGAGAGGGACUAUGUGAAUGUUGAACCAUUGGGCAGAAAACAAACAGAGGAAAUAGAUGAAGUGGACGAAGAGGAAACUGAUGUUCAUGAUUAUGAGAACCUGGAGAAUGAAGGCAAGAAAGGCGAGGAAGACACAGACGAAACCACGGAUGAUGAACACGACUAUGUAAAUAUAGCAGAGUAAUUUGCAGAACAAACUUUAGAUGGUUAUGGAGAGGGUAAUUAUCAGAUCUUUUAGAUUUCCAAUGAUUAGUAACAAUUCAUAUAAUUUAAACACGUAGACUGGGGGUCUACAUAGUGUUUGGAUAACUGAGUAUCAACUUGGGGAGUCAACAUAUGACCAAGAGCUACACAACAAGACUGCACACAUCAACAAUUUUAAUAACUGUAUGGUAUGUAUAUAGUAUAUGUAAUAUGGUAUUUUUUGGUAUUUGUCAUUACUGUAUUGGCUUAAAGAUUUGUUAAGUAAGCUAGUGCUUUAUGAUGCUAGCUCCAUGUGUCACUGUUUAGUAGGUUUUGUCCAAUGACAAGAAGAGUUAAAGCAAAUAAAAACAACCGUAACAUUUGUAAGCUGCCAUCCAUCCAUUCCAUUAGCUUCUCUGAAGUAGGGUUGCAAUGGCAGCAGGCUAAGCAGGCUGUUCACCAACAGUUUCCAGGCCCUCCUUAGAGAUCCCAGGCUUCUCCGAGGCCAAGUGAGGCAUCUAAUCACUUCAGUAAAUUCAGGAGCUGUGCUGGCAAAACCUCUAGGGCAAGGUGCCCGGGAGGUAUCCUGAUUAGAUGUAUAAGCCACUUCAGCUGGCUCCUUUCCACGUGGAGGAGCAGCAGUUCGACUCCGAGCUUCCUCUGACGUCUCCACUCUUCAACAUACGCCUGCAACACAGAGUCCAGCCACCUCCAGAGGAAACUCAUUUCACCAGCUUACACCCGCAGCCUCAUUCUUAUGGUCACUAUCCUGAGCUCAUGAGCACAGCUGGAAUGAUGACUGACUGCAAACUUUUGUCUUCUGACUCUGCUCUGUCUUCAUCAUCGUGGUCUGAUGCAACAGCAGCAUUCCUGCUGACACCUCAGCCAUCCACCAAUACGGCUCAAGCUCCACCUUCCCAUGACCUGUGAGUUCAUGAAUACAGCAAACAGAAUCAGAGACAUGGAGCAAUCCUGACAGAGUCCAACACCUGCUGAGAACAUCUUUGACGUUGUGUCAAUGACCAGGAUGUUCCACACAGGAUCCUCUGAGGGAGUCAAUUGUAAGCCUUUUCCAGGUCCCCGUGUAGACUGUGCAAUAACACUCCCAUGAUACUGUUUGGUGUUUGAGUCAGAAACUUGUUAUACUCUCUUUGGUUUCUAAUAUAACGUCUUUGUUCUGGAGCUCUGAAAUAUUUUAUGACAUACAUUUGAUGGACUUGUAACCCGUUCCCAUCACAGGUACAAGCUGCUUACUUUUUUAAAAGCAUAAACAACAGGAAAAUAAAAAAAAAUAAUACAAUA